UCAUGUGCCAGGAUAGAAAGAAAACCGUGGGCAGAGAGAUAAAGGUUUUUAAACACUGUACACAAACCAUCUCUUCAGUUUGACAAGAGACGUUAAGCUAGCUUGCGUCACAGUAUAGAAGCACCGUGGUGGGUCUUGUUAAACCGUUUGAAACUGGAGUUCUGUGUCCACUCUAACAGUCGUCUUUAUAUGUACUUUACUUCAGGAGUUAGGCCUAGUUUGUAAAAACAAGUCAUCAUGCUCACUGCCGCUGCCUUGGUUGUAUUAUUCGUUUGCACCUUAGUUUGCUAUGGAAAGGAUGUGUCAGAGAGUACCGCUGAUUUAAUGCAAGAAGAAGACAAGACUGACCUGCACGAAGUAAAGCGCUUCCUUGGUCGAUGGAAAAGUUCCAACCACAUAUGGAAACAUCAAAAUCAACUAAAUGAUGGGGUUAAGCUGGAAUUGGACGAUAAAAGCCCCACAACCGGACCGAAGCGUUUCACAAAUGAACACGGUGCACAGGACAACUUUGCAUAUCUUUUAAACAAUCUUCAAGCGAACGAAAAAUCUGAAAAUGACUAUCUGAAUAAUGCUAAGCGCCAUUUUGGAAGAUGGCGGAAUUCAAAUCAGUUGUGGAAAUCAUUAAAGGGAUUAAGCAAAUCUGACCAGAAUUCUGUUAUAGAUCAACAGCGUGGAUUAGUGUGGACAAAACGCUUCCCAGAAGAGGAACCCGAAGACAUGGCUAAAAGAUUUUACGGACGAUGGCGUAAUUCAGAUCAUAUGAUGAAGUUAUUGGCAAGUGCAAACAAGAACGACAAAUCAGACAUUAUUAAUAAACAUCGAGGCAUCACGUGGUCUAAACGGGAUAACACGGACAAUGUCGUCACGGAUAAAGCCAAUUCCCGAGCAAAGCGUUUCAUUGGUCGAUGGAAGAACUCCAAUUACAUUUGGUCUCGGGUGAAAGGAGGCGCUGAUAACUUAUCAAACAUCAUGAGACGUCACUGGAACAUGAACUGGAACAAACGCGACUCAUCGGUGGCCGCGUCUCAAACACCCAAAAGUUCCAAUCUUCCGGACAAUUCCGACGAUGGCAAACCCAAAAGACAGAUCCGUAAACGGUUUCUGGUAGAUAUGGACUACUCGUUCUUAUGGUCUCUCUUAAUGAAUCAAGAUCGUCCAGAAGCUCGGCGGCUCUUAAAUUUGUAUAUCAAACAUUAAGCCACUGUGUGAUUGAACAUUAGGCCUUGUGGACAAAGUGAAAAUACGAAUAAAACAUUUAGCUGUGUACAAAAUUACAUACGAGUCUUUUGUGAUACCAAGUCGAUGAAACUACAUUCAUGCUCGACGAAUAUCGAAUUACUUGAUAUCAACAAAUAACGAAUAUGUUAAUUCAUAUACAUGUAUUACCAAAAAUAAUUUUUAAACAAAAUUGAAAUAUAUGUUGAAACGAUAUUGCCAAAUAUAUGUCGGUGUAUAUCGUUUAAUAUCAUACAUACAAUAACCGCUUCGAUUAAUAUCGCUUAAUAUCGAUAUCACCUGUAGAUUAAUGUGUAAUAAAACGUGAUAUUCAAUGUCCAAAAAUAUUUGCAGUGUAUCUAAAAUAAUGUGUACAUUACAGGCUAAAGUUCGUGACAAGGAGUAAGGUCGCUUGUUCAACUUCGUGAGUUUUCCCCGGAUACUCCAGUUUCCUCGCACUGCUAAAGACCCCUACGCGCAAGCGAAUUAUAGAAAUAAAAUUGAACCAUAUGUUAGUCCCUAAAUGACCUAGUUUGUGUAGAGUGGACAUUACCCCCUCCCCCCUUCUCCCUAUCCCCCCUCCCUCUCUCUUUCUCUCUGUCACUCUCACUUCCCAGCCGCUAAAUGAAGUAUAAACAACAAUACCGUUAAGUUUGGCAGUGAUGUGAAGUUUUAUAAAAAAAAAAAUAUCUAAGUUCGUGGUGUGAAAGCUUUUAGUCGGUGUACCGUACACCAUACACAAUUAGUUUAAUAAACUAUAAGUAAUUCAAUAAUAGCACCGAACAGUAGGUUUCUUUCAAUUAUUUUACAAAUUCCACAAAAUACAAAUACCAUCCAUCAUCAAUGAGGGUAUUGUGGUAAUGCUGGAUGUUAGGGAAAAUACGUUAAUGAUUCUUGCUUUCAAGAAUAUUUUAGCGUAAAUAAACAAUGACCUUUUAACUUAUUAACUGAUUAUAGGGUAUAUAAUUUUUUUGAACUAAUGGUCUAACGUAUACUGUAUGACGCCAUAUUGUCAAUGUUCCACCAGCUGCCAUUAAAUUAGAAUGGCAAUUGCACCAGAUCAAUUCACACUUGCAGCACAGUCAUAAGAUCGCGCCAAUCAAAUUGUGAAAGGUUUAGAAUUAUAGCAUAGGAACGAUGUAGGCAUCUAGAAUCAAUUUUGAAUUUAAUGUUACAUACAAUAACACCAUCCCCCCUACAACCUUACAAAUUGAUUCUGAAAUCGAUCUUACAACCUUCAGUGCGCAUAUCACAAAAGAGCCAUUCUGAAAUCACACAAUGUCAUGUUACAAAUAAAUGUCAAAAUCAUUCCCAGGACAUAUAUCUUACUUAAUUUCCAGAAAUAACGUCAUGGUAAUACAGAUUUUAAACAAACGCCGAUAGUAUACAUUGUAAAUUCAAUUGCAUGAAUUCAUGGUGUGUUUUUUUCUACAAAUUAAAUACAUAACAUAAUAAUAUUUUGACUUUUCAAAGUAAACCUUAAAGAUGAACUUAUAUUUAGACUGUAUUUUAAAUCUGUAAAUAUAUUUAUUAUGAAAGGUACAAAGAGCUAGCAUAACCGGAAGUUGAGCAAGCUAGCCUGCAUGUUAAUUUCCGGAAAUGACGUCAUUUAAUGGAGAUUUGAAUGGAGUUCCGAAAGCUACGAGAAUCCCUUAGGACGCAAUUAUUCUAUCGGUUAGAUAUCUUAUGAAAGUAAAUUUGAACGUUGCAAGGCAGAAAGUGGUGGUGAUACAGCAUUACUUUAAAUGUGUUUUAACUAUAUGAACUCCUCAAAUGAAAAGUAUUAAGCAUGCCCUGCCUCGUGAACUAUAGUACCAUCGACGCUAAAGAGAAUGGUUGGCGAUGACAUCAGACUUCCUCUGCUUAGAAAACUCUAGCACAAAGAAUGCUCUCAAAAACACUAUAUGAUAGAAUAUGAUAUGUUACUUUUCCUCUUGGACAUAUAAAUAUAUACAUGUAAGAUUCAAACAUCCCGAGGGGGGUUGGAUGGCUGAAUGGUUAGCGUGCGCGCGCUGUAUCAUAAAGUCUGUCAUUGAGUCGACUGGCGUGGUUUCGAAUCCCCGGUUGUACGUGACAAGGCUUAGGGUCGCCUGUCCAAUCUCGUGGGUUUUCUCCGGGUCCUCCGGUUUCCUCCCACUGCUAAAGACCCCUACGCGCAAGCGAAUUAUUGAAAUAAAAAUAAACCAUAUGUUAGUCCCGAAAUGACCUAGUUUGUGUCGAGUGGACCUUAAACCCCAUUUCUCUCUCUCUUUCUCUCUCUCUCUCUCUAUAAAUAUAUACAUGUACAGCCAUACUGAUAGAUUCAAACAUCCCGAGAAUUACCGGAAUAUAUCGAUGAAUACCGAUUGUGUAAUAAAUAUGUGAUGUUAUCGUCUUUAAGACUAAUUGUUGUUGUUAUACGUUAUAUAUAAAAUAUCACUGAUCAAUGUUAUUAAAAAUAAAUUUAUUAAAAAUC